AUGAGCGGCAUCGCGCCGUACCACGACGCUCCCUAUGCCGACAUCCGCCCUCCUCCCACUUGCGCCGUCACCGCAGCGGCAUUCCUCAUGCGACACUCGUCCAUCUACGCCAAUGACGAUGAAUUCGAUGACUACAUGGAGCCGUUCAUCGAGCGCGUCAAGAAGGCGCAGAAGAAGGGCGUCUCGAUCCCCUCGAACUCGCCUCUCGCUUUCCUCGCGCACUGGAAGAGCCUCAUCAACGACGACAACCUCGAGAAGAUCACACCUCCUGGCAAGGAGGACGCGGAAGAGUUUGGGAAACGGUUCAGGAAGUUGUACGGCAAGCUGUUGCCGCCGGCGGAUUUGGGCAAGGAGAAGAAGUCGAAGGACAAGAAGGGGAAGAAGGGGCACAAGAAGCCGCCGUUCAAAGUCUGGUCGGCGUCCUCAAGCCGUGACGUCGAGACGAGCAAGGCCUGGGUCCGCGGAGCGUUCCCGUCGUGGCAGGAGGGACACGAGGGCGAGGGCGACGGAGACGUCGUCCAGCUCGUCCGCGUCGACAACAAGAAUGCGAGCUGGGCCGACUCGCUCACGCCGCACAAGAUCUGUGACCGCUUCACGAAGGAGACGGGAAAGCCCAAGGCGCAAGAAUGGCUUGAGGUCUACGGUCCGCCAGCUCUUGAGCGCUUGAACGGCUUUGCGCCUGGUUUCGACUUCCAGCUGGAGGACGUGAUCGCGAUGCAGAUGAUGUGCGGAUACGAGACUGUGAUCUCCAAGUCCCGCUCCUCGCCGUUCUGCUCGACUGAGCUCUUCACGCCGGACGACUUCCGGAGCUUUGGCUACUGGAACGAUCUGCUGUACCACUAUAUGGUCGGGUACGGCACCGACGUCAGCCCUUACCUCGGCGCGCAGUGGCUCAAUGUCUCGGCGCACAACCUCCUCUCCGCCUACGGCCCGCCUCACCCGCACCCGAACGUCUCGACUACCGGCGCGAAACUUCCGGCACCUGAACUCCCGCCUGACGCGACCCACACCCAGCUUCUCUUCCCCUACUUCACCCACCGAGAAGAGCCUCCCGUCGCUCUCGUCGCCCUCGGCUUGUGGAAUACUUCGACGGAGGAGCUGCCGACCGAUCGCAUGCCGAAGGACCGGAUAUGGAAGACGUCGCACCUCCUUCCGUUCCUCGGUCACGUCGCCAUCGAACGCUUGAGCUGCGAUGCACAAGACGAGCUCGCCGCAUCGCCUCGAAGCUGGACGUCCCGCUUCGCAGACGCCUUCCACCUCUCGCGAGGGGACGAGGACAAGCCGCUCAAGGAGGAGUUUAUUCGGGUCCUCGUCAACGGCGCACCGCAGCAAAUCGAGUGCAACGACGGACCAGGCGGGACGUGCAAGAUGGAUGACUUUGCCAAGUUCGUUGCGCGGCGGAUGGAGCUGUUUGGAGACUUCAAGGGGGCGUGCAAGAAGGAGGACGAGUAG